AGCACCGCGAGCGCUUGUAAACUCCACACGGGAGGUGCUGAGCAGCAAGAAAAGGUGAAUGUCCUGUAGUCGGCCCACUGCAAAGUGUCAAGUCAAAUUCUUACUGUAUCACGCCCUCGUGGAUUGCCGUUCACAUACUCGAAAAGAUUGUCAAGUCGGACCGGUUCAGCCAGUGCAACGCAUUGUACGAGUGCGUGCGUGCGUGCCUUUGGCUAUGAAGACUUGCAUAGCUGCAUGUAGCUCCGCCCUGCAGGCUGUCAACUAGACAGGUGUGCAGCGACUAAAGGUGACUGAUCACAGUGCAGAUCGGGGAAUCGUCGACAUAACUAAGGUUCUGUGAACACAGCUGACGCACGCGGGCAGCGCCGAAUCGACACUAACAAGACACCCGAUUUGCUGGCGUUGUUGUUUGCUUGCAAGCCGCCGACAGGUCACCUGUCACCAUGAAAAAAAGGAGCAAAAGUUCCAUCGUUACUCCGGUCAAGCAAACAGUUUCUUCCACAGAACUGACAGCUCUGAUCGAGAAGCUGCAAAAGAAUGCAGAUAAAGUGGAGAAGAACAUCUACGAUGUCGAGCAGAACCUCAACAAGGAUGUAAGUAAGAUCAAUGAGGGCAAGCAACCACUGUAUCAGGAGGACACCAACAAGCGACUCCUCAAUUCUCUGGACCUCCUUGUUGGCCUGGAUGAGGAUGCUGUCAACGCCAAGCGCCUUCAGCAUCCUCAGGCAGAGAUGAUUGAACAAGACAUGAAGCAACUGCGUGAGAGAGUGAUGAAGCUGAGGGAGGACCAUGAUCGCAUCUACCAACUCAUCCGCACAGAGGGUGUGCCCACCAUCAACUGGGGCAACAUGAUGGAUGAGAAGCUGGACAUUCUGAGCAACAAGGGCUUUGGCCAGGACUUGCCAUCUGUGGAGAAUGACGUGGAGGAGCAUAACAUCUUCCAUAGUGAGGUGGAGGCUUUGGCUCCUCACAUUUCUGCCGGUGGUGACAAGGAAUAUGUCAGUGGCCUCCAGAUGAAGUACAACAAACUGUUGGCCCUUUCGAGCGAUCGUCAGCGCCACUUGCGGAGUCUGCGUGACUACAUGCAGCGCUGCACCAAUGAGCUUUACUGGAUGGACCAGCAGGCUGAGGAGAGAAUCAACUAUGACUGGAGUGACAGCAACCUGGACUACCCUGCCCGCCAGAGGCAAUAUGAGACCUUCAUCAGCAAAUGUCUGGAGUCCAAGGAGGGGACAAUCACCAAGCUCAAUGAAGAUGGAGAAAAGCUGAUUUCUUCAAAGCAUCCAGGGUCAAACGUUAUUGAGGCUCAUAUGGAGGCUGUGCAUGCUGACUGGAAGGAGUACCUAAAUCUGCUGAUCUGUGAGGAAAAUCACCUGAAACACAUGGAUGAGUACCACAAGUAUCACAAGGAGGCACGUGACACCCAGGACCUGUUGAAGCGAUUGGACAUGGACAUCAAACAGAAGUACAACCCCGAGUUUAAGGAUGUGUACCAGAUGGAGGGUCUGAUAAGAGAGCUGGAUGAUCAAGCCAAGGCCAUGGACCACCUUGAUGAGCGGGUCAAGUCUCUGCAGAAACGGGGUGUGCAAGUUUUACCUCUCAAGUACAGACGGGAAACUCCUCAAAAGAUUCUCCCCGUUGAGUCUUUAUGCGAUUUUGACUCAGAUGAGGGGCAAAUUGUGCGUGGGAACAGAUACACUCUGCUCCGCAACAAUGGAACCAAGUGGGAUGUGAAGGAUGCAGCAGGACAAAAAAUAUCUGCUCCAGCAAUCUGUUUCAUUAUCCCCCCCACAGACACUGAGGCAGUGGCCAUCGCUGACAGCUUGGCUGGACAGCAAAAUUCACUUAAGCAGAAGAUGGGAGACAGCAAAGCAGCAUUGUUGAAACGCUUUGAUGAACUGAAAAAAUCCAGUGGUGGUGCAGACAAGCAGGAGCAACAGUGCCGCCAGAUGAUGGCUGGACUAGAUAAGGUUGCCAGUGACCUGGACAAACAAGAGAGGGCCAUUCAAGCUCGACUGCGCCCACCACUCGAGCUGAAGAAGCCACUGCAGGAUAGUGGGGACCGACUGCAGGAUUUGAGGGAUAUUGACAUUGCAGUCCAUAGAAUUGAACCAGAAAAGACCUCCAGAGUGCAAGAAGCAAAGAACUUCUUGGUCUCCAACCCGACAUGUCCCAGCGCUCCUCACCUUCACAGCAAAGCAGAUGAAGUCAACAAGAAGUACAACUACCUAGAACAGCUUCUUCAGUGCUCUCAGGAAAAAAUGAAGAAUUCCAACCAGCUCGAGGCUUCACUUCAAAAUGGAAAUGCUUUACUGUCCAACUAUGAGAACAGGCUGGCCAGGGAGGAUGUGGCACCCUCUGACAUCUCCUCAUUGGAGAAAAUUCAACGCGAACUUGGAGAUAUUGGCUCAGACCUAAGGUCCAAGAGGGCAGUGAUCAACGAGACUGAGCAGAACCUACGUUCAGCCAAAAACAGCGUGGACCAAAUGGCAAUAAAAUUCCAAGAGCAUUGCCCUGACAUUGAGAGGCAGGAAUCCGAUGUGCAGAAGUUAAACAAGCGCUUCAACAUCCUGAACAAUCAGCUUGAUACCAGGUCCCAAAGUUUGCAGAGGGCUAAGAUGUCCUACGGUAAUUAUCGCAAUGAUUAUAACAACAUGAACAACUGGCUUUCUCGUAUCCCAAACUAUGAGCCAUCUGAGACUGAUGACAUAAAGCAACUGGAAACCAAACUGAAAAAUCAGAGGAACUUGCUCUCUGAUAUUGCAAGAAAGGAAUCCGACAUGAACAAUCUUUCAAAAAAUGGUAGACUUUACCAACAAGCUAUCAAAGACUAUGAGAGUGAAACAGAGAAGUUCAGAUCCAUACUAGACCUUGAUGAUGGACUUGUACCUCAGACGUACAAGCGGAGCCGAAUGGAAUCACCUGCACUGGCAGUCAAAGCAGAGGAAGCUGCUAUUGAGGCCAAAUAUACCGAGGUGAAUGCUCUGAACAAGCAAAGACUACAAAAUCUUGAGUUCACCCAUAGCCUCCUCAACCAGCAACCAGAUAUCCCUAUGAUCCAGUCUACAAAUGUCCAAUCAGUCAACGCUGCUGCCCCAGGAGGGGAGCUUUGGAGAAUUAGGAAGCAGUUCCAAGAUGAGAUUCAGAGGAGAGAGCAGUUAGAGAAAGAAAUUGAGCUAAUCCAGACUGAAAUAUAUGUCCUAGAAGGACAGAAGCCUCAAGAUACUAUUGUCAAGAAGGAACUAAUCAAAAAAGUUCCAGAUCCUCAGCUCGAUGAAGAACUGUACAAGGUUCAGCAGAAGCUUUCAGAGGAACGUCGUAUUACUCAUGGUCUGGAGAAUGACCUUGAAGUAUUGAAAUUGAAGCUGCGUGGUCUUGAGACUGAGGUCAAAGAAGGGGCACAGCAAUACAUGGUCAAAGAGGUUCUCCGAAUUGAAAGAGAUCGUGGUCAGGAGGAGGAGAUGCGCAAACUUCGGGAAGAGUUGGAUGAGCUCAGAAGGCAGAAGCUGAUUAAAGACAAUGAGUUCAUUCAGAUACAAAAGCAGGUGACAAUCCUGGCUGAAGAGAAGAAUAAAGAGCAAGAAGUUAUCAAAGAAGAGGAAGUAAUAAAAGUACAAAAUGACCCACAACUUGAAACAGAAUAUAGAGUUAUCUUGAACAGAAAGCAAAAAGAAACUGACGGAAGGAAGCAAUUGGAGGAUGAAUUGAAAUUCCUUCAAGAGAAGCUCCGUAGGCUGGAGAAAGAGAAAUCAAUGGCUGAGGAGAAGAUUUCCAUUAAGGAGGUACUUAAAGUAGAGAAAGAUGUUGCUCUGGAGAGGGAGGUAGAAAAUCUGAGGAGGCAAUAUGAAGAUGAGAAAACCAAACGGAGGUCAUCCCAGCGAGAAAAAAAUGACCUCCAAAGGAAAAUUGCUAGUCUAGAGGAGGAGAAGUCCAAGGUUGUGAUCCAAGAAAAGAUGCGGGAAAUUGUCCGCCCUGACCCCAAAGCUGAGAAUGAGGUCGCCAAUCUUCGACUUGAACUAGUUGAACAGCAGAGGCGCUAUAAAGAUGCAGAACUGCAAUUUAGAUCCCUACAGGAUGAGCUGACCAUGCUCAAGAACCGGGGACCUCAGGUGGAAAUCAAGGAGAUCAUUAAAGAGGUUAUCAAGUACAAGACAGAUCCACAGACUGAAAGAGAACUUGAGAGACUUCGCAAUGAAAUUGUUGACAAAACUCACCAGACUGAGAAAUCUGAAAUGGAGAUCCGCCAACUUAAUGAUGAAAUUCAAAGAUGGAAAGAUAUGAAACCUCAAGUGCAGACUAAAGAGGUUGUCAAUGAAGUGCUACAGUAUAGAGAGGAUCCAAAAACUAAAGAGGAGGUUGAAAUCCUUAAAAGAAAACUAGCUGAUGAACAGUCAAAACGUCUUGACCUUGAGAGAGAAAAAUCAUCCCAAGAAGAGAAGAUCAGACUGAGGAAGAUCAACCUCUCUCAGGUCCGUGAGAAAUUUGUUCAACAGGAAGUUGUCAAGAUGGAAGAAGAUGCCCUACUUCGAUCAGAGUGUGAAACCUUCGUACAAAACAUUAACAAUGAGCAAAGACAGAAGGAUACUCUGAAAGCAGAACUCUAUCAACUGCAGAGACUGAAGGCCGACUUGGACAUGCAGCUCGAAGAACUUGAGCGUGAACGUAGGGCAAGACGUGAAGCUGAAUUGGAGAUCCAGAGGCUUCGGGUCAGACUUACUGAACUGGAGAUGCGAGACAAAGAGAAUCGUGAAAAGGUGACUGUCAAACAAAAGGUAGUCCUGCAGCAGGAUCCUCAACAAGAGAAGGAACACUCUAUUCUCAAACUUCAGCUUGAUGAAGAGAGGCAUAAGCGUGUCUUGCUUGAAAAAGAACUGAAUGCGCUGAUACAGCAGCAGGUCACCUUGGAGAAGAUGGAUGUGAAAGAAAGAAUUGUUCGCACUGAGAAGGUCCAGGUGGAGAAGGAUCCUGAGGCUGAGCUUGAAAUUGAGAACCUAAAGAGGACUCUGGAAGAGGAGAAGAGGAGAAAGAGAGACCUCGACCAAGAGUUGGUGACUGUCACUUCCAGGCUUUCUGAGAUGGAGUUUUCCAACACCAAGUCAAGUAAAGAGCUUGAUUACAUCCGAGAAGAGAGUAAUCGCUUGCAGCAUGAAAACCAAAGACUGCAGAAUGAAAUUCGCAAGCUUCGAUCUGAGAUUGAGAUCACAAGCAAAGAGACACAGCUUAUCACUGAGUCUGCACCAAGAGAGGAUGGAAAGAACCUGGAGUUGAGACUUGACUCUUUGCAGAGAGAACUUGCAGAGCUGAGAGGCAUUACCAUAAAAAAGGAUGAAGAGAUUGAGAGGCUACAAAAGAAUCUCUCAGCUGUUAGAAUGAAGAGAGAACAGAGAGAGAGCCAUCUGCGAAGAUCUAUAGUUGUAAUUGACCCAGACACAGGGAAAGAAAUGCGACCCGAGGAGGCCUUUAAAUUGGGGUUGAUUGACUGGAAGAUGUUUGUCAAUUUGCAAAGCCAGGAGUGUGACUGGGAGGAGAUCACAGUCAAGGGCCCCAAGGGAGAAUCAUCUGUUCUCCAUGAUCGGAAAUCAGGGAAAAAAUUCUCAAUUGAUGAUGCUUUGAGUCUCGGGCAUAUAACAAAUCAUCAGCUUCAGCAGUACAUGAACAAACAAUUAACCAUCCAGGAGUUUGGUGCAUUGGUGUCAGGAAAGAGCAAGUAAAUUAAUCUACAAACAGCUACAAAGGCAUGUUUGGUUUCAAGCAAUAACAUUUUAUUUUACUAUCACAUUGUUUAAAAAAGUCUUGUAUCUUUGAUUUUGUGGUGACCUGGAAUUUUUUUUCCCCUCCACUUCCUUGAUGACAAAAUGCACUAUGUACUUAUUGCUUAUUCAGAUUCCAGUCUUUGGUAAAAUGAACAUGCAUUUACAACUAGAUGAAAUUUCUAUUAAAUAUGGUCUUGGAAGAAUACUGAUCGCUGAGCUUUAUUUUACUGCACUGGGGUCAACAACUUUUUUUUCCCUUUGAUUUUUCAAAUACUGUACAAUGCUUUAGGCACUUGUGGGAUUCUCCAGGAAAUUAAAUGUAUGCUAUGCUCUAUGUUUAAAUAAAAGUCCAGUUAAACAGA